GAAUCUCUCGUUGUCAGUUGUAGUGCAUCAACUGCGCUGCCUAUCUAGAUCGUACUCCCAAGAAAUAUACCGGGAGAUAGCGUUGGAACACGACGAGGUUGCCGACCAGUCCUUGUGCUUUCGUGAAAUUAAAACUCGGUAGACUUCGAGGUCUGGUGUCACGCAAACGAUCCUUGAGACGGGGGAGGAAUAUGCACUGGGCAGGGCCUAUGAUCCCGUCAAGGGAUCAGAUAUAGGUCGAGGAGCGCCAAUCGUCUCAUAUCAGUCAUAUUGAAGCCAUUCAUAAUGUCUGCCCCAGCCUCUUUGCGCGAGACCUCGCCCCUGGAAUCUCCCAGCACCUCUCUCUACAACACUCCCAGGAAUCGCUCGUCCCCGGGGCUGGCCGGCUCCCCAUCACGAUAUCCCAGGUCACCUGGAUUGAACGCUGUUCCAGGUCCUUCAAGUUUCCGUCAUUCUCCUUCCAGGUCUGCCCGGGCAUCACCGGAGAAAUCCUCUGGAUCCAGUCGUUCGUCCCCGGGCAGGAAAGGGUCGAGACAAUUAGGAGAUUCGCCCCGAGUCUCCCCCAGUCGCGAGAGCUCAUCGGGCAUACCCCGAGUGGUUCCCUCACGCCCAGAUUCCAGGAGUAAGCCUCCGACUCCAGCUCAGGGAUCACCUCGGACGCCACCUGGUCGACCGUCGUCCUCGUCAACAACGCUUUCCAAGUCACGAAGAUCGUCUGGUCAGAGACUGGGAGCGAGCCCGCAGGGACCUAGACGGCCGUCCACUGGAGCUGGUUCACCAAGGACGUCCUCUUUUCCCAGGAAGGGAAGCAGGCCCGACUCAUGGACCAGUGAUGGAACGCUCCCUUCCUCCUCAUACCAGGAGUUUGGCGCACUGGACAGCUUUACGCCUGGGUCUUUCGAAUCGGAUGGCAAGUCACGCCUGCGUCAUCCGACUGCUUCCCUACCACCCUCGAAUAUUCCUCGUCUAUCUCCUAGCAAGGCUCCGUCAUCUUAUGUAGAUCAUCCUCGUAAGGGUAGCCCAGCCGGUACUUCUCCUAAAGGUGAUUCAGGUCGAAUCCUUACAUCAGCCUCUCAGUCAUCACUAUCGAUACCGGUGCAUCCUCCAACUCCCGACAUGCGCUCACCUUCUGCGAUGUCGUUGAUUCGGUCCGAGACACCGUUGACCCUGGGAUCGUCUGCUCCGGACUCGCAGUAUCUGGUGUCGCAACGAAAUUCGGUGCACCUGUCAUCUCCCAGUACAUCCCCUCGAGCUUUGCAAAUGUCUACGUUGGCGUCUGAUACCCCUUAUAUAUCCGAAGAUGGCCACACUUCUAACACUGAUAGGGAAGGCUCGGAGGAUGGAUCGCGAGGAAUGCGCAUCGAUAUCCCUCCUCGCAGGUCAUCAAUUGAACCCUCAUCUCCUGCUAACAGUAUUCGUCCGUCAAUAUCGCCUCGAGCGAGCUCAAGAACGGAUCCACUGGCGACUGGAGCACCUUAUGACGCCCUCUUGCGGAAGGAUGACAGCGAUACCGCCAGUUUCACGGAUGGAACACAUAGAUCCAAGUCACCAUCUGUUGUCUCCGUUUCUUCCAUUUCACGACCGGCUCCAGUGCCGCUUGCGGAUCGCAAAGCUCCUGGCCUUGCGGUCGACCCUGCCUUGUCUCGAAGGAGUAUAGUAGGUGUCACUCCGCCAAUUCCAGCAAAGAGUCCUUUGCGCUCUAUUAGCAAUCAGAAUACUCCUGCACCACCUGCUGCUACCGAAUCACCUCCCAUUCCUAGUCCCAUACCCGAUCGUCCAUCUACCUCCGCCACCACUUCCUCCAGUUCUGUUACGAGGGCUUCUGCCAGCGACACGAAUCUGCCCGCUGGCAGGCAGCGGAGAGCCAGUGGUCAGCGUCGAGGGUCAAAGUUCUUUGAAAUGGAGGAAGGGGAGUUGCCGAAACCUCCAAGCUCCCCUCGCCGAUCCCUGGACAGUCCUCGUUCCAGCGAUAUCAGAUUCACGUCCGCCGCCUACCCAUCGAUCUACUCGGUAGACGCGGGCCCGCCAGUAUCUCGCCUAUCAGACUCUGGACCGAGCAGUCCAUGGAUACAAACCGAUCUCUCACCCUCAAUCAGAUCGGUCGAGCGGGUUCUGCACGAGCGGGAUGAUGAGAGGGCAGAAGAUCUAGAUAGGCGGAGAAGUAGUAAUCUGGAUGAUGUUUGGGGUCGCAAGCGAGGCUCCGUGCAGGAGCGAGAGGUAGUUUCCGACGCUUUAUCUGACCUCAAGCUACCGCCGCUCCCGCGGCUGCUGAUGCCCGACGAAAUGCCCAACUCUGGUCUGAUGAGCGAAUCCCCGGCUACAGCUGUGUCUGCUGCAACCAUCCGCUCUAUGUCCUCUACGACUGCCUCCAUCGGGCAUCCUGCGACCAAUGCCGACGGAAAGGCUGGCCCGAAGAAACCAGUCCGUUCACCGUCAGCUCCGAUGUUGGGCCCAAAUCAGAAGUCUAAGGACUCUUCCGCUCCAUCCUCUACAGCGCUUUCACGUACUCAGCUAUCGGCGGAUUCGAGACGGCUCUUGCCAUCGGCAAUCAGCCGAUCGCCUACCGCUCCAUCCCUAUCUCCAAAGCCAUCGACUCCCAGUGGGUCCAAACGGGCACACCUGCUUCGAGAAAUCGCAAUGACCGAACGAGCUUACGCCACCGACCUCGCUCUGGUCCGUGACGCCUAUCUCUUCCGGGAUCCAACGUCCACACCUCCUCUUUUGGGGGAUCCUUCCACCUCACCUGUCAGCCCAAUCCAUUCUCGGCAAGCGAGUGGAUCAAAUCUGAACCUUGGUGAGGGAGCUCGAACCCCUCUGUCGUCCAGUCGUUUGCCCCUUGGCGUAGACGCAGCCAUCAACGUGAUGGGCUAUUUUGGACAGCACCCACACCAUGCCGCGGCAGGCUCCGGCUCACUGCUCAGCCUCAAUCCUAGCGCUUUGGCGAGCAAACGAUCGUCCUUCAUCUCGAUCUCGGGCGCGUCCGUGACUGCUAAACGUUUAUCCAGCAAUGACAUGCGUGUCAUUUUCUCCAAUAUUGAUCACUUGGCAGCUGGAGCCGAGGAAAUGGCGACUGCGCUUGAGUUGGCAGUGGGGCACGACGAAGCUGCUUCGGCCCGCGAAGGUGAUGGCGGCAACGAUACCAUAGGGGAGGCAUUCAUCAGUGUUCUUCCGCGACUCCGGCCGUUGUACCUCUUUUACUGCGCACGACAUGCUGCAGCCACAGAUCGCCUGAUUGAGCUUCAGGCAGACCCGGCUUACCAGGCAUUCCUCAAGCAGUGCUGGGAGCAGAUCAAGUCUAAGACCCACGCUUGGAAUCUGGACUCGAUGCUUAUCAAACCAGUGCAACGGAUAACGAAGUAUCCGCUUCUUUUCGAUGACCUAUUGGCGUGCACUACUCCCGUCCAUCCAGACUACUACAACAUCCGCUCUGCUGCCGAGAUGGCUCGGUCCCUUGCGGUCGAGAUUGACGAAGAGAAGCGUCGAAAAGACGCUGUUGCAUAUGCCUUGGGACCCAAAAAGAGUCUCAGCGCUACCAGCCCGGCCAAGGAGAGCGGCAAGGCCAAAGCCUUGAAGCUUUUCCGACGUGACAAGAGCUCGGCAGGCAUGUCUUUGACCAACUCGUCCUCCACCUCGACGGCAAGCGAGACAAAUGCGGCGUUGGAGGUCUCCGAGGCGUCCUUGUCCCUGAUGAAGAGUUUGGCCGAGCGUCUGGAGGAAUACGAAAUCGUCGUGAAACGUAUGGGCAAGGAGAUUGUAUUCUGGAUCGCCGCAGUGAAGGAAGUGCUGUUUGCCGAAGAUCAGUUGGUUCACGCCUGGACUCGAGUCAUUCGCUUGGAGGAUCCCAACGUGCCUGCUGACCGACUGGAGGCUUUCAGAGUAGUUCUCAAGGAUGCGCUGACUGGUCCGUGGACUGUCCUUAAUGCCGAAAUCAAGGCCCAAGUAAUGCCUUGUCUGGCCAAACUUUUGCAAGCAGCUGUCAAUCCGCGACGAGUAAUAUCCCGCCGGGACGCCAAGCUAUCAGAAUACAGCCGAUACGUUACACAGCGAGACAGUCGUCGGCCCAUUGACAGAAUGCUGCUUAUAUCCGCCCGAGACUUUGUGUCGCUUCACGCUCAACUCGUUCAUGAGCUCCCCACGUUCUUGGAUGGCUAUGCCAGAUUGCUAGAUAUUUCCAUCACGGCUUUUGCGCAUUGUCAAGCUCGGUAUCACCAUUCGGUGAAUGCUAUCUUUGAGUCAUUCAAGCAGCGUUGGUUCGCAAUUCCUCGUCGCAAGUCGGCUUCCAUCGAACUAUCAGAUCCGCCAGCCAAGCCGGGAACGGGCAGAGACAUUGUCCAAGGCUGGCAUCAGGAUUGGUCACAGUACAAUCAAGCUCUUGACCAUUUCAAUUUCGGACAGCCUUCCCGGGCUUUGCCGACUCGCCUUGCCAGUUUUAACGGCGCCAAUACCUUACCGUCCAACGCAGACGACAAACCACCCAGUCCACCGAAGAGUAACUCCUCGCGAGCGCGUGCCAAUUCACUUCGUCCAUCGUCUGCGAGCCAAUCCCCUCAGAUCGACGGCUACAGACGUUCGCAAAUGACCGACACGCAAACGAAAUCUCCUCGUACCCCUGGUGGGCCACCUUCGAAAUCUGACCUCAGCGCUCGGGCCUCCAGGCCCUCCAGUGCUUCGCACCUCGGAGGUGACCCCUCGAGGUACUCUUUCGGCCUGCCAAAAAUCUCGUCGGACGAAUCGGGGAGAAUCUUCGAGGGUCUUGGAUUGUCACCUGUCAAGUCAUCCACGAGUUCGACCAACCGAGCGACAUCUGAUCCCACCGCGUAUGCAGAUAUCACUCUGCCUCGCGCUAGACGUGAUGGGACAGGGUUAGGUUUAGGUCUACCCUCAGAGAACACCGAGAAAGUAAUCAGCAAGGCGUCUCCGAGCAUUGCACGUGCCACGUCCAAAGAGAAGGUCGAUGCGGCGGAAGGAUGGAGGAAAGAGCCUGUCUUGUACCAAUGCGCCUGCGUUGCCGAUUUUGACAUUCGAGUUUGGGGCAGCAAAAAGUAUCGAGGUCUCCGAUUCCUAUCGAUGAAGGUCGGUGAUUUGUUCGACGUAUUCUACGAGGUGGGCCGUAUCGAUGAGCUGCCAAGCUUUCCCUACCCUCAAAUUGGAGUGGAGAAUGACGGUGUCUUGGUCGGGCGCAGCGAAGACGGAUUGAUCGGUCUCUUGAUAUGCAGCUUUUUAGAGCCGCUCAGAGACGUCUGACGCAAUGGCACCCAAACGCAUACGUUCCGUA